AUGUCCGAUCUUGUGGACUCGUUCGAUACCCUGGCACUGGGCCAACAGAGCGUGGAGGUGCCACCCCAGUACCCGAGUGACCCAGCCUGUCGAGGGGAGGGUCUGGAGCUGCGUAGUGGCCUGGACUGUUGGGCCUGUGCUGUGCUGCUCACUGCCCACAACAUCCUGGUCACUCUCCUCAACGUCCUGCUCAUCACCACUGUCUUUGGAACCAUCCUGCUGCCAGCCUCCAUCAUGGUCACCUUCGGCCUACUCUGCCACUCACAGGUUCUGAAUUCCCAGGCUAGUCACUGCACGGAGAUUCUGAGCGAUAACAGUUCUACAGCACUGAUGGUGGUGGGCUUUGUGUUGGUGACACCGUUAGCAGUCCUGGCUCUGGCUGCUUAUUGUCGGCUCGCACGGCACCUGCAGCUCGGCCUCUGCUUUAUCCCAUACAGCAAGGCUGUGUACCGGAAUCUUCCGGCCUCCCGCUACCGCUGGACGGGGAUCUGCUGCCUCAGGAAAGGCGAGACCUCAGGAAAAGUCUGGGUGUAGUGCUGUCUGCGGCCAAAGUGACGGGCCAGAGCAAG